CGGAACGCAAUCUAUGUUGUUGGUGCGUUCCGUAUCAUGCAUAGAACGCAUAGGUCGUUUGGAAAUCUAUAAUAUAAGUAACGUGAACUAUAGAUUUUCAGACGAUCUAUGCGCUCAAUACGUGAAACGGAACGCAUCCUAUAUUAAUCCAAUAUCAGUACUAAACGAAGAGAUAAAUCCAGCUGUUCAUAAUUGUUCACAAUUCACACAUAUAGUGUUCAAAGUUCAAUAUAGGCACUAGUAAUACAUACAAGAAUCAAGAAUAAUUUAAAAUUCAUCAAAAUAUUAUGGACGACGAGCUUGAAGAUCUAAUUCUAUAUCAGACAUAUAUAUCACACAUGAAGCUAGUAUCGAAGUUUGCUGUGAGCAUUCCCUCUGGGUUGAAUAUUGGGAUUAACAGCCCAUUAAAUUAUCUCUAUAGAAUUAUGCGAAUUUAUGCUUUGAGACCAGAAGUGCUUAUCUGUGGUAUGAUCCUGGCAAUUAUUUUAUUCUAUAUACAAGCUGUAGAUAUUUGGACUAAAGCACUUCUAGGAAGAAUUCAAUAUACUCUGGGACGUACCAAGGGAUCUAAACUGCAAUUCUUAGUUAAUGAUUCAGUGAAUAAUGCAGUAAAACUUAGUUGGGAAUUAAAACAAGGUCACAUUGCAGCAUAUGCUGUGCAAGGACACAGGGCUCGGAUGGAAGAUCGCUUUGUGGUGAAUGAAGAUCUGAACAAUACUGGAGUUUCUUUGUUUGCAGUGUUUGAUGGCCAUGGUGGAGAGUUUGCAGCCAACUAUGCUCGUGACAAACUUAUCUCCAAUAUUAACAAAAAGGUUAUUGAAUUGAAGAAUAUAUUGGCUGGUAAAGUACUAAUUUCUCAGAAUCAGCUGACUAUAACUGAACCAGAGAAAAAGAAAGAAGACAAAACAGAUGAAAAUUCGCUGGAAAGAAGAAAAUCUUUUAAAAGUACUCGUAAAGUUGCGAGUACUUCUUUAACGGACGAUUGCAUGAAAAAAGCUAUUGAAGUAACUGACUCUGAAUUGCUGGAUAAAUUGGAGAGCAUAACACCGAUUACAAGAAAGGUCAGACCAUGUAGGCAAAAUGAGGAACUAAUGCCUAAAGUAGAUAUGAUGAAAUAUCUUGAAGGAAACAAAAUUAAUUAUGGCAAGCUUCUAACAGAUGAAGUUCUAGCAGUUGAUCGAUUGUUGGUGGAAACUGCUAAGAAACAUAUGGAUGUUGCUGGUACAACUGCUUUGAUUGCUCUUUUGGAAGAUAAUAAGCUAACUAUAGCAAAUGUUGGAGAUUCUAGAGGAGUGAUGUGUGAUGGAAAAGGCAAUGCAAUUCCUUUAUCUUUCGAUCACAAACCACAACAAGAAAGAGAAAGGAAGAGAAUAAAUAAAGCUGGUGGUUUGGUAACUUUUAACGGUGUAUGGAGAGUUGCUGGCAUCUUAGCAACUUCUCGUGCUCUAGGAGAUUAUCCUUUAAAAGAUAAAAAACUUGUCAUUGCUGAUCCAGAUAUUUUAACAUUUGAUUUGAAUGAUCAUAAUCCUAUGUUUAUAGUACUGGCAUCCGAUGGCCUAUGGGAUACGUUUUCGAACGAAGAAGCUGUAGCUUUUAUUAAAGAGCGUAUCAAUGAGCCACAUUUUGGUGCGAAAAGUAUUACACUGCAGAGUUUUUACAGAGGAUCUGCGGAUAAUAUUACCGUCGUUGUGAUUAAUUUGAAGAAUCGCAAAUACAGCAUAUCGGAGGCUAAGAAAAACCAGUUAUGACUUUUACAACAAACGAUUUAUUUUCUCAUUGUGAAAUUACAAAUAUCUAGUCAUAAAAUUAAUCUAAUUUGUUGCAUCUUAGUUAAUUUAUUAUAACUGUGCUGAUGUAGAACGUAUUUUCUUGCGCUUAUAAUUUUUAUUUAACAUUGUAAGUGAUGUUAAAUUAAUUUCAAUAGAAUAUUAUUGAGUUCAAUUAUAAAAAUAUACAAUCUUUAUUUUUAAAGAAUUAUUUUUUGUGCAUAUUUAUGUAACUUUUUUUUUUCUUUUAACUGUUGAUGUCGAAUUUGUUAAAUUAAUAAAAUUGGAUAUGUUUAAAUCUAUAUAAUAAACUUAUAAAAUAGAUAUAAGGACUAAGGAAUGUUUCGAAAUUAUAUGGAUUGGCAAUAAUGCUCAAUAAGUACAAUGAACUGAAUUCUAUACAUAUAUACAUUCUUAUAUACUGUCUGGUAUAAAAGUGCCAAUUAUAAUCAGUUUUAUCUUUUAAACGCAUACAAAUGGAAAGCUUUGUACAAGUGUUAUUAAAAAUUUAGUCAACAUUUAUAUAUACACAUAAACGGUGACGAUACGGAUAACAAUACGAAUUUGGAUAAAUAGUCGCUGUUGCAGAAUGACGCAUUAUUCUAGCGGCAUGUAUAUGCAAGCGCGAGUGAAGCGGUAUCGGAAACUCGACAGAACCGAGAUACAUCUUAGCCCGGACAGGUAAUAUGAAAGUCGAAGGAGUUUCAUAGAUCGGAUGAACGGGAAGAUUGGAUCGGAUCUGGUAUCGGUGUGUUAACCGGAUGGCCUUAUAUAUUCGGACAGGGCCCCACACUGUGCUAUACCGACGAUAGAGGUCGAGUUCGCGGAGAGGAUCGCGUGCAUGAAAAAAAUAAUUUUAUCCUACAUUAUGUCAUGCGUGAGAUAAAGAGAGAUAGAGAUAGUGAGAACUGUAUUAUGAUGACAUUAUACAAGAUUAUGAUACAGAGUUCGGGGGAGCAGGGGGUGGACCUGUAGUAGCAAUGCUUGCUGUUCACCGUCACAAAUUAUAAGAAUUAAUUUUAUUAAUAUAACAAUUAAUAUUUAUAAGAUAUAUAA